AUGACCACGUCCACCGUCCGGCAGCGCCGGCCCUCCCUCACCACCUCCGCCAUCCACGCCGCCUCCCAGGGUCUCCAAUCCACCACCAGGACCGUCCUCCAUCUCUUCGACGACCUCCCCGCCUGGCGGCGCGACAACGCCUUCAUCCACGGCGGCUACCGGCCCAUCCGCCCCUCCUACACUCACGCCGCGCGCUCCCUGCUCUACCUGCACAACGAGUCCGUCAACAUCUGGACGCACCUGCUCGGCUGCCUCGGCGCGCUGGCCGCCGCCGCCCACAUCUUCCACGUCGUCCGCCCGCGCUACGAGGCCGCCCACGCCGGGGACGUCGCCGUCUUUGCGUGCUUCUUCGGCGGCGCGGUCGCUUGCCUGGGGAUGAGCGCCGCCUUUCACACGCUGCUGGACCACUCCGCCGCGGUGGCGCGCUGGGGCAACAAGCUCGACUACACGGGCAUCGUGGCGCUCAUCGUGGGGAGCUACGUGCCGGCGCUAUACUACGGCUUCUUCUGCGAGCCCGUGCUCUUCUGGGCCUACCUCUACGUGAUGUGCGCGCUCGGCGUCGCCUGCGCCACCGUGUCCUGGGUAGAGCGCUUCCGCACCUCGGCCUGGCGUCCCUACCGCGCGAGCAUGUUCAUCGGCCUCGGGCUGUCGGGCGUCGUGCCCAUCCUCCUCGGCGUCCGCCGCCACGGCUACCAGCACUACGAGGACCGCAUGGGCCUCAGCUGGGUCAUCCUCCAGGGCGCCCUGUACAUCUUUGGUGCCGUCCUCUACGCUGCUCGCUGGCCGGAGAGGAGCUUCCCGGGCAAGGUCGACAUCUGGGGCAGCUCGCACCAAAUAUUCCACGUCUUUGUGCUUCUCGCUGCCGCGACGCACUUUUACGGCAUGGCAAAGGCGUUUGACUACCACCAUACCGGCAACGGUUCACUUUGUCCAUAG